AUGGUCCGCGCUCGCGGCCAGCGGCUCGCCUCCAUCCAGCUCAAAGGCUGGAUAAAGCAAGUGAUCGAAGCUGCCUGCGACGACGUCCAAAAGUCAACGACUUCCAUCGGCCUGCGCACGUCGGGCACCGUUCGCCUCCCGACGGAGCGCGAGCGCUGGUCGUACGCGCGGCUCACAUACAACCGGCUCAUCGAGAUCUACGGGGAGGGGACGCAGUCACACGACGCCACCAAGACGGUGCACUUCCUCCGCUACCUCGAGCACACCAUCCUCCCGGCGCACGCCGGCGCGCGAGCAAAAGUCACGCUCUUCUCGAACGAGCUCCAGCGCGGCUACCUCACACUCCUCUAG